AUGGAUUUGCGCACGAUCAUGAACACCGAUGCCACUGGCACCGCCAAUGCUGCCCCUGCUCCGUCGCAGCAACCGCUUCCUCGAACUGAAUCCGUGUAUCCUCCACGUCAACCGCAACAAGCCACCACAUCGCCCUCAUCCUCAUCGCCUUCCCAUCCUCCUGGAUUCCAACAACAGCCCCCUCAGCCACCUCCAUUGCAGAGGCCUCAUGCGUCUCCAGAGCGAUCGUCUUCCUAUGGUUCAAUACAAUCGCCUUUUCAGUAUCAUUCGGCCUCUGCGCUGAGUGCCGGUGCGCGAUCCCAACGAGGCCAGAGUCCGCCCACUUCAGCUCUUCCAUUUGCUUCCUCCGGCUCGCGUGACUCCUAUUCUGCGUCCGCCAGUUAUAACGCGGCUGCACCAUUGGCCUCUCCAUACACGCCGCAACCCGCGAGUUCUGCGGGCCCUUUCCUGGAACAGCAACAGCAGCAGUCGUAUUUCGCGCAGCAGCGAUCGCAGUCCAUUCAGUCUGUCCUUUCCCCUCCAUCCGCGACCAACCACUCAUUCCCACCCAGAGAAAGUCCUUCGGCUGCUUCGCAGUCGCAUCCAUCACAACUGUUCUCACCCCCCGCGCAUGGGUCGUUGCCCGGCACUCCUCGAGCAUCCGCUGCCACAGCUCUACCUCGUCAAACAACGCCGUCCACACGUCCUCAAUCCUCCGGUCAUGACUCUCAAUCACAUCAGGGCUCAAGUCCUUGGGUUGGCCCGGAUUCUCAAGUCCAUAUGUCUCCAACUUCGAUGCCAAGAGCUUCGCGUCAGAAUUCGAGACACCGGGAGCAGACACCGCGACAAUUUCCUCCAGGGGUUGACAGGCGAGCAUCGGAUGAAAGCGUGAGCCCCAAAACUGCCUAUCCUGCAGCAUCCCGACAAGGAAGCAUGACCUCAACUUCCGAACGGAGGUUUGCAGCGCAGAGCAGUCGCACUGGGGACGGCGCAACGAGGGAGAACUCCGCAGCAUCAGUAAUGAAUCUGUCGCAAUCGCCCGUUGCUCCUGUGGACGCUCAUACCGCGCCAACGACGUCUCAAAUAAACAGCUCACCUUCAUCCCAGUCGUUCAAGCCCAACGAAUUCCUCACCGGAGACGCAUUUCCGACCAAGAUGGAUGUUGCUCCCGACUUCAGACCCGAUUCGAGUGACCGUCCUGCGAAGCGGAGGAGAAGACGAUAUGUUGAGCCCCCAAUCUUCGCUCAGCGGUCUGUUCGCACCAAAGGACGAUGCCCGAUGAUUCCAAACCCGCACCCACCGAUUCCGAAACAUCUCAGAGACUCGGCCCAGAAUCCCUUCGAAGCACGCCGACAGUCAACUCCUUCACAAGCGCCAGCCGCCGCAAUAGUGCCCUCGACCGCCGCAACAGCUGUGACCAAGUCGGAACCCCCACCUGUCAACGGCCCUCCAGUAGCCCGGUCAACCCCGGCCCCGGCCGCUCCAGCUCUCCCAGCAGGUAGCUUAGGGCCUUGGGAACCUUCGAUCACCGGGUUCAUACCUCACGAGGAGAUUACCAAGCUUGUGUGCGACUUUUUGUUCCAGCACGUAGUGCUCAGGAACGAUGCUACUGCUGCACCCGCUGGCACAGCUGCGGCAGGCCUGGGGGCCAUCAUCGAAGUGGAAGCUAAAUUAGGGCACAUUAUCGACAUGGAUCGCGGCGAGAGGCUCAGCCUACCGAUUUUAACUGAAAGCGUCAUUAACAAGGAAAACCCUCGUUUUCGGACCGCAUUCGAAAGUUCCAUGACACUUUCACAACAUCGGGCAAUGAACAACUUCCUCAACGAGGCCGUGAAAGCAUCUAUGCCUCAAACAAAUCAAGGUCGAAUUCCCCUAUCCUACGCUCACAAAAAAGAGCGGGACACCUUCUAUGAAAUUUCCCCGUCCGAGCUUCCGCCGGUCAUCAGACAGAACCUCAAUCCCCGUCACAAACCAAAGGUCCGCGUCACAGUCGACCAGCGCACUGGCGAGGUCCUCGCUAAGAUCGUCAAAUGCCGCAUCGCCGACAUGGACGUGCACAGUCCGCGCACAAGCGUAGAUUGGCGAGUCAGCGUCAACCUCGAAAUGAGCUACGAAGGCGACGUCAGUCACCUCCCCAUGGUAGACAGCCGAGGCGGCCGCGGCGGAGAUAGAAACAAAGACCGCAUGAGCUACAGACAUUUGGCAUACCAGAUCGACCUGACCCAGGUUGCCAAAUCAGAGCCCUCUAGCAAAGGCGACUUCGAACACGAACUCGAGAUCGAGGCCUCCGCCGCUGAGAUCCGUCGUCAGGGCCAGCUAGCCAUGGCCGGCGACCCGCAGAACCAAUACGAAGACCUAGUCAAGGGAUUUGUGGAUAACAUCCGCCUGCUGGCGCGUGCGGUGCCGCCUCCUUCCUGA